CACUGUCCGCACACGAUAGUCCAGCUGGGGCGCCGUGAUUCUUCCGCUUGGCGAUUGUUGUCUGGCUCAGGAGCGACACUACACGGUUGCAGCGUCGGGUAAAGAUUGCAGAGGAAAGAGUUACCAUUCACGCAAGAUCCCUCUUCUUCACGUGCGCUGACAUGUCUUCGAUCAGAAAGAAGAGGAAUUUCAAGGGCUUAGCGCUGGCAGAAUCACCGCUCUCUACGCCCUCGCCAGGACAGGCUUCAGGCUCCUCGGGUCCCUCAGCUGGCCUGGUAUCAUCUCAAGCGGUCAAAGCUAGAGGAUUGCCAGGUGUGGGGCUGGGUGCUGGUGCGAGUGCGGAGAUCGACCCUUCGAGUGGGGCCAAUUAUCACAAUAAGCUGAGCGAACAGCUUGCGAACUUAGAGUUGGGAAUAGAGUACAAGCUUGACCUUAAGAAUGAGGACUUGAAACAUCUGUCAGACUUGGGCAGCGGGAAUAGUGGAACAGUCUCAAAGGUCUUACACGAAAAGUCAGCAACAACAAUGGCAAAAAAGGUGGUGUUCAUCGAUGCGAAGCCAACAGUGCGGAAACAAAUAUUGAGAGAACUGCAGAUACUGCACGAGUGCAACUCAAAAUACAUCGUCAGCUUCUACGGAGCUUACUUGAGCGAACCGCACAUAUGCAUGUGCAUGGAGUUCAUGGACAAGACCUCGCUGGACAACAUAUACAAGAAGUGGGGUCCUGUGCCGGUAGAUGUGCUUGGGAAGGUGAUUGUGGUAGUCGUUCAUGGCCUCACGUAUCUUUACGACGUGCACCGCAUUAUUCAUAGGGAUGUCAAGCCCUCCAACAUUCUCGUCAAUGGUCAAGGUCAAAUCAAGAUUUGCGAUUUUGGUGUCUCUGGCGAGCUCAUCAAUUCGAUUGCGGACACAUUUGUAGGCACGAGCACGUACAUGAGCCCGGAACGAAUUCAAGGUGAUCAGUACAGCGUCAAAUCCGACGUCUGGUCCCUCGGGAUCUCGGUCAUCGAGCUGGCACUAGGCAGGUUUCCCUUCGCAAAUCCUGCCGAAGACUCGGAUGACGAGAUUCCGGAGGAGUUGCGGGGGACGUUGUCUCCUACGAAGCCGGACGGAUUAUCUCAAGCAGCAUCGAGACCCAAAAGGGCAGACGUAGGGGCGAGGGCAGGCGUGUCACUCGAAGGGUCGGGUGCGCAGAUGUCCAUCCUGGACCUGCUGCAGCACAUUGUCAACGAACCUCCACCGCAUUUGCCGGAGGAUUCGAAAUUUCCAAAGGCCAUGCAUGAAUGCAUCGAUCUGUGCUUGAUCAAGGACCCCUCGGCAAGACCCUCCCCAACAGACCUGACGGUUCAUCCAUACGUCAAGGAAAGCGAGGAGAAAAAGGUGGACCUGAAGGCAUGGGUAGACACGCUCGUGUAGAGCCAUCAGCAGCCCUUGCGAUACUUUUCAUCAGCUGUAAUCACACACGCAGACAAGCCUCCUUGGCAUUUUCAGCUCGACGCUUCACCUCUCGGCUUUCCCCCACUCUUUCUCUGUCCUGGUGUUCUUGUCACCGGUCCUUCACCCAAUCAUUACAUUUCGCCCUCCAUCUCGCUCAGGGAACGUGGCAUGUGCUUGC